AAAAAAAAAAAGCUAAAAAAGAAUUCCCAAUUUGCAAGAAAGCGGGCAAUUAGAACCCAGCACAAAAAUGCAGAGAAGAAGCCGUAAAAGGAAGCAAACUGAGGUUCAAGCCCAACCCUCACCGCCGAUCAAAUCCACCGGCGAGCCAUUCCCAAAUCACCCUCAUCCAACUCCCGAGGAUUGUCGAGCCGUUCGAGACGAUCUGUUGGCUCUCCACGGCUUCCCCAAAGAAUUCGCCAAGUAUCGCUCGCAAAGACUCAACGGCUCGGCUCUCAUUCCGGCGAAGCCUGAGCCAUUCGACGGUGAACACGAUCAGUCCUCCUCUGGUUUCAAUGAAAGUGUUCUGGAUGGUUUAGUGAGUACCGUUCUAUCGCAGAACACCACAGAUGUUAACUCUCACAGGGCUUUUGCUUCUCUCAAAUCUGCUUUUCCUACUUGGGAAGAUUGGGUUACAAAUAGUUUGAGCAAAUUGGGCGUUCUCAGACCUACAUUUUCAUGGGUUGAGCUUGUUUUGAUCGCUGAAUCAAAAUCGGUAGAGAAUGCCAUAAGAUGUGGAGGGUUAGCCCCAACCAAGGCCUCCUGUAUAAAGAAUGUAUUGAGUUGCUUGCUUGAGAAAAAAGGCAAAUUAUGCUUGGAAUACCUGCGGGAUUUGUCAGUUGAUGAAAUCAAGGCUGAGCUCUCUCAAUUUAAAGGAAUUGGCCCCAAAACAGUGGCUUGUGUCUUGAUGUUCCAACUUCAGAAAGAUGAUUUCCCGGUGGACACGCAUGUUUUCCAAAUUGCAAAGGCUAUUGGUUGGGUGCCAGAAGCGGCAGACACAAAAAAGACAUACCUUCAUCUCAAUCGACGGAUUCCAAAUGAGCUCAAGUUUGACCUAAACUGUCUUUUGUUCACGCAUGGCAAGCUCUGUCAGAAAUGCACAAAGAGAGGAGGUAAUCCGCAAAAAAGAGAAUCGUAUGGCAAUUCCUGCCCUCUACUAAAUUAUUGCGACAUUUCAAAAUCAGAAUGCAAUAGUUAAGUAUGGAGUUAAUCUAAUUGUGUUGUUUGAGUUCAUUAUCCGCUUCUGAAUACCUCUAUUUGAUAACCACAAUCUCCCUAGUUCAAAAGUUAACAGUUUUGUGUAUGUAAGAGCGAGUCUUCUUCCCCAACUAGUUCGGAUGUCAUGUGUAGGUGCGAAAUGUAGGAGUUGCUAGUAGGUAAAGUGGGAAAAUAUUGAAAGUUAGGGCAUUCUUAGCCAGCAUCCCACCUCAUUUUGACCUAUAUUUACAUUAGAUUUUUAUUGAUUUUUUUCACUUUAAUGUCCAUAUAAGCAUUGUAAAAUAUCCGAAAUGACAUCUAUAAAAUUGAUUAACGAAGUUCUUUUGUCAUAGAUUUCCUUGUUCA